AUGAAUUACGUGCUCACUCAAAAUUCAUCUAAAGAUCCAUCAAAUCUAGUUAAAAAUACCAGUGUUCAUGAUGUAAAAAUUAGAGUUGGAAAAAAGCCAAAUAUUAAAGAAUUUAAGGCACAUUCUUUUAUUUUAUCUUCUAAGUCAAAUUAUUUUAAAAAAGCAUUUUCUGAACAAUGGGCAAGAAAAGAAGAAGGAUUUUUUAUUUCAAAUCAACCUAAUAUCUCUCCUACAGUGUUUGAAGCUCUUAUAAAUCUUAUUUAUUCAGAGACAAUUUCUAUUGGAAGUAACGAAAGUCUUGUUGAUGUUUUAAUUGUAUCCGACGAACUUGAAUUACUCGAAAUUUAUCAACAACUCGAGAAACAUUUGCUUGAAAAUGAAUCGGCUUGGAAAUUUCCAAAAGAUUUUAUUACGCUAUGUCAACACGAGCUGUUAACUGAUUUAUAUCAAUUUGCGAUAAAAUUAGUGUGUAGAAAUCCUAAACUUAUUGUUGAUUCAAAAGAAUUUAUAAACUUAGAAGAACAACAUCUAAUUCAGAUUUUGAAAUGUGAUGAACUUAUGCUAGAAGAAAUUGAAAUUUGGGAAUAUUUAAUUGAAUGGGGAAUAGAAAAUACUGAUUCUAUUUCGAAUGAUGAUUUUACUGAAUGGACACCGAUGGAUUUCAGUGAGCUAGAAAGAACUUUGCAUAAUUGUAUUCCUUACAUUCGAUUUUCCCAAAUGCCUCCUGAAGUAUUUAACGAACUUGAAUUUAAAAGCAUUCUACCAAAAGAUCUUGUUGAUGAUGUCCUAAAAUAUUUUUCAGAUCCUAAUUCUAAACCUUUAUUAAAAAAUUUACCAUUAAGAGCAUCAGCAUAUCUUCUUGAUUCUAAAAUAAUCAAUGCUAAAGAUGUAGCAGUAAUAGCGAGCUGGAUUGAUAAGAAAAAAGGAAUUCCUUAUCGUACAAAAGAUAUACCUUUUAAAUUUGAGCUUAUUUAUCGUGCCAGCCUUGAAAGAUUUAACAUUAAUAAAUUUCAUGAAUGUUGUGAUAAUAAGGGACCAACCGUUGUUGUCAUUAAAGUUCGGAAAUCGGGAGAAAUAAUUGGUGGGUAUAAUCCGUUAGAUUGGCGGAGUGAUCAUGAAUAUCAAGCGUCAGAUAGCUUUUUGUUUUCAUUAUUUUCAUUAACAAAUGGAGUAAUUCCCAUAUUAAGCCGAAUCUCUUCUAAAAAUGAAGCAAUUAUCUGGUGUAAAAACAAAGGACCGUGCUUUGGUUUUCAAGAUUUGUGGAUCCGGAGUGAUUCAAGAUUUGGCAAAAGCAAGCAAAAAUCUUACGAAAAGAAAAUUAUUGAUAAUGAAUCCUUUAACAUAGCAGAAUACGAAGUAUUUCAAGUUAUUGACAAGAGAUUCUCAUUCUUUAAACUUAUUAAGGAAAUAUAUGAUUUUAUUGAAACUGUUGAGAAAAGAUUUAGGGAAAAUGUUGAGAAAAAAUUUAGGGGAAUUGUUAGGAAAAUCAUUCAUUCUGAUCUAGCGUUAUUAAAAUAUAUUCUUAAUUUACGUGUAAUUGUAGUUGAGCUAUUUGAUUUUGUAUUACUUAAUAUCUAA